AUGGAUGGCUACUAUUCCCACUCCCAGCUGCCUCCGCAGGAGCUGCAGCCCCAGCUCUCUCAGCAGCAAGAUCAACAGCACCAGCACCAGCAUCAACAUCAACAUCAGCAACAGCACCAGCACCAGCACCAGCAACACCAGCAUCAUCUUCGGGGAGGAAGUAUGAGCAUGUCCAUGCAACACUCUCUCCAGCAGCCAGGCAUGUCCCAGGUGAUGCAAGAGCCGUCUAUGCUUUCUGGUGACUCGCUCGACGAGAUGAUGCGGAACAGCCAGGAAGGCGCCCAGCGCCGCCGGAGCAUGCCGCACGCGUACGGCAACCAUGGGCAGCAAGAACAAAACCAAAGGCGCAUGUCGGCCAUGGGAGCUUCAGACUUGGUCGGGUUUGGGGCCGACGAGACGGACCUCAGUGGCUUCCAGUUCAACCAGUCCAUGGGGCCUCCCUCGGGCCUUUCCAACAUCAACACCAGCCUCGGCAUGCCAGACCAGAUCGGAAGCUUCAUGACCGAUCCCAAUGACUAUUCCACAAUCUCUCCUGACUUGAUGGGCCAAAUGAUACCAGCAUCAUUUGCCAACAUGGACAUGGGCCAAAUGGCCAACGAUCCUUCCAUGGGCUUGCUGUCAGCACCAGGCAACGCGCCUGGUUCCAUGGCCGGAACCUUCAGCCCCGAUCAGAUGGCUCAGCUUGGGACCGAGUUUUCAAUGAACGUCAACUCGGACUUGGCCAAUCUGCCUGCGACGACUGGUGGCGCUUCGGGCCCUGCAGGGGGAAUUGGUGAUGGCGACGAUGACAUGAUGGGCAUGCAGCAACAGCAGUUCGGCUCAAUGAGUUCAAUGUCCAAUGCGCCCGCCGCCAAUACCAUGAACCUCAACCCAAGCGCAGGUGGGCUUGCCCAAAGCAUGCCUCCGCCAAUGUUGCGUCAUGUCUCAUCCGGUUCUGGGAUAUCCCCUCAGCGUGGAAACUCUACCACCAGUGUCACGCAGCAAAGCGCCGCCUCGGACGCAAACACACCCGCUACUGUGUCGACGCCACGCGAGUCCAAGGAGAAGACGAUUUACUCCAAGAGCGGCUUCGACAUGCUGAAGGCUCUCUGGCUGGUUGCGACUCGCAAGGACCCCAAGAUCCACCUAGGUGCAGUCGACAUGUCGUGCGCCUUCGUCGUUUGCGACGUUACCAUGAACGACUGCCCAAUCGUAUACGUGUCCGACAACUUUCAAAAUCUUACCGGCUACAGCCGCCACGAAAUCGUCGGACAAAACUGCCGAUUCCUUCAGGCGCCAGAUGGCAAGGUCGAGGCCGGGUCAAAGCGCGAGUUUGUCGAUGAUGGUGCUGUCUACAACCUCAAGAAGAUGAUUCACGAAGGUCGUGAGGUGCAGCAGAGCCUCAUCAACUAUCGCAAGGGAGGAAAGCCGUUUCUCAACCUGCUGACCAUGAUACCAAUUCCUUGGGACACCGACGAUAUCAGGUACUUCAUCGGGUUCCAAAUCGACCUCGUCGAGUGUCCGGAUGCCAUCUCUGGCCAAGAGCUGGGUGGGGUGAAGGUCGACUACAAACACAGCGACAUUGGCCAAUACAUCUGGACACCACCGGCGUCAAGUCAGUGGGAGCCCGAAAGCGGCCAGACGCUAGGGGUUGACGACGUCUCGACACUGUUGCAGCAGUUCAAUCCCAAGGGGCUUGUCUCGGACUGGCACAAGCAGUCAUGGGACAAGAUGUUGCUGGAGAACACCGACGACGUUGUUCAUGUCCUUUCUCUCAAAGGCCUCUUCCUCUACUUAUCACCUUCCUGCAAGCGUGUCCUGGAAUACGAUGCCGGAGAUCUCGUGGGCAAUUCGCUGUCCUCCGUCUGCCAUCCGUCGGAUAUCGUUCCCGUGACGCGCGAGCUCAAGGAUGCGACGACGGGCACACAAGUCAACAUAGUCUUCCGAAUUCGAAGAAAGCGCAGCGGCUACACAUGGUUCGAGAGCCACGGCUCUCUCUUUGUCGAGCAAGGCAAGGGCCGCAAGUGUAUCAUACUCGUCGGUCGCAAAAGGCCAGUGUUUGCUCUCAGCAGACAGAACCUCGAAGCGAAUGGCGGCAUCGGCGACAGCGAGCUUUGGACAAAGCUGUCGACCUCGGGCAUGUUUCUCUACGUCUCAUCGAACGUUCGAUCGCUCCUUGACUUGCAGCCAGAGUCGCUGGUGGGCACGAGCAUCCAGGACUUGAUGCGUAAGGAGUCACGUCCGGAUUUCGGUCGUGCUAUCGAAAAGGCAAGGAGAGGCAAGAUCGUCACUUGCAAACACGAAGUCCAAAACCGUCGUGGGCAGGGGCUACAGGCGCAAACGGUCCUAUACCCCGGAGACGCAAGCGAAGGCCAGAAGCCAUCGUUUUUACUGGCACAGACGAAGCUUCUCAAGGCCUCGUCUCGCAGCCUUGCUCCAGCUAGCGGCGCUGGAAGCACCAGGUCAGUAUCAGCGACGCCUCGGAGCAACAGCCACUCCCAGCUUGAUCUUGGUGACGGGCACGUGUCGCAACCGGGUGGUGGACACUUGGCGCCGGGCACGCAAGACGCCGCGCUCGCCUCGGACGAUAACAUCUUCGAUGAGCUUCGGACGACAAAGUGUUCAAGCUGGCAAUUCGAGUUGAGACAGAUGGAGAAGGUGAACCGAAUCCUUGCCGAGGAGCUCGGCGGCCUUCUUUCUAAUAAGAAGAAGCGGAAGCGAAGAAAGGGCGUGGGCAAUAUCGUCCGAGACUGUGCCAACUGCCACACGCGCAACACGCCCGAGUGGCGAAGAGGGCCCAGCGGGCAAAGGGAUCUUUGCAACAGCUGCGGCCUUCGUUGGGCGAAGCAGACCGGUCGUGUGUCUCCACGAAACUCCUCAAGGGGAGGCAACAACGGAAAUGGUGAUUCGCAGAGCAAAAAGCCCAGCUACAGCGGCGAGUGGUGCACCAUCGGCAACUGGUCAGAACUCUUCAACGGCGAUGCCUCCACCUAG